CUUACAACUAAAUCAAAAAGUCAUUCAUAAUAAAUUUUACAAUAAUUUUUCUAUAGUUACAAUUCAAUCAAUCAUCUCCAAUAAAAUGAAUUUUUGUUUUUUAUUUAAAAUAACAAAUUUUAAAAAACUAGUUUCCAUAGAUAGUAGGAAAGAUAUUUCUAUAAAAACUCCACUGUCUAAAUAUUAAUUUAAAAAAAAACAAAACAAAAACCAAAACUACUUCAGAAUUUGUAAACAAUCAACUUCUAAAUAUUUUAAAUUUGAUGUUCCUCUGCUCUGCCUAAACUCAUAUGAGAAAGAUAUUCAAUUUAAUUUUUUCUCAUUUUAUGGUACAGAUUUAGCGGGAUAUUUUUGUAGUUUUUCUAAUUUUCGUAUGUUUCUAUAUGAUAUAAGAAAUAUGUAAUUUUCUUAAACUGAAAUGAGAUUUUUGCAACAAAAAGUUAACUGAUGUGAGAUGAAAUCAACUACAUAUUUAAAUUGGAAUGUUUUGUUUUAGUGGUAGAGUUUUUGCCAGAUAUCUUUUCUUUUUAGGUUUUUUUUUUUCCUUUUUAGUAGAAGUUGUGUUAAAAAGGAAUUCUAUGCCAUUUUGAAACUGAACAAAUUUGGCAAAAUUCGUUGGAAAAAAUCAUUAAGGAAGGCUGUAGAGUUUUAUUUAUCAUUUAAUUAAUAAACUGAAAAAAUUAACUAAAUUCAAAAUUUAUUUGAUAUGCUAUAUGAUUUUGAUUAGAAAUCGACCUACACUGAAAUAAUUGUGGAGGUAAACAACCUCUAAAUUAAUUACAGAAUUUCAAUAGAUGUGUCAUAAAAAAAAUCACACUAAAAAUUCUAAAAACUUUAAUUAAGAUCCAUCCAUCUAAUUAAGAUUUUUUUUGUUAAUUUAGCCCUAUUUUUAUGGAGUUUAGGUAUUCUGUUUAGGCUAGGCAGUGACACAAUAGUUUUAGUUUAGUUGUUUUAAGAUGAUACAAUAAAUUUAAAUAUUUAAAUCAUAUAGUAUAUGAUAUCAAUUAACAAAUUAUGUAUGAAUAAUUAGAACACGAUGAUUAGUUCAUAGGAAAAUAAAGUAUUUUACACUAUUUAAUUGAAAUUGCUAAUAAAGUAUCUGCAUUAUCUUUACACAAUUUAAUAAUGUGAUAAAUGCUGAAAACCAAUGUUGAUAUUCUUAAAAUUUCUGUUGUACACAGUACUGGUUUUCAAAUUAUUUUGGUAGUUGACAAACGGCUUGAGUAACAUUCAUAAUAAAAUAAAAAUUAAAUUUAAGAUAAAGAAGGGAACAUAAAGUCCAAUCUGUUUGAACGAAAAAGUAGAAUAACUUUUGGGCUUCAAUUCUUUUUUGCCAAUGAGAAAGACUUCUUUUCCAGCUUUAAUAGCCUUACACAGGUCUUCUAGUUACAACACAGAGAGACAAAUCUCAAAGUAAAACUCUAAAAAGAUCUUCCAUGUGAAACCACCGUUAACUAUUAACGGAAAACCACCCGUCUUCACUCUCCUACGUGCAAAAGACUCCACUGAUUCAAAACUCUGUCGUUUUGACAAAAUCCUAUUCCCACAGUGUAAUGUAUAUUUCCAAGUGAGACAAACAAAAACAGCACACAUUAAAGCUGAAACAUCAGUUUAGCGGUUUGCCGUUCACGGCGGCGAUAUGAUAAACUAAAGAAAAGAGCUUUCGCCGAUUCAAAACAAUGGGCUGCGUUUUCUGCAAGAAGUCCGCUGGAGGAAAGCAUAAUCCCGAUGAAGCUCCUCCGGGAAACCUCCGCCGUGAAACCAAGCCGAAUCAUUUGCCUUCUUCCUCCUCCACCGCCGUAUCUGUACCGGAGGUCAUCGAAACCGGAGAGAGCAAGAAGGAUUUAGGUUCGACUCAGAUUCAAACGGCGAGAACGUGGCACACCGGUGACUUCUCCGCCGGCUCUUCUCGCCGCCCGUUGGGGAUGAGUCUCCGUGCGCCGGAAGGAUGGCCACCUUGGCUGAUUGCUGCUUGCGGCGAGUCGAUCAAAGACUUGACUCCACGGCGAGCCACCACAUACGAGAAGCUCGAGAAGAUUGGGCAAGGAACUUACAGCAAUGUGUAUAAGGCUAAGGAUCUAUUGACUGGAAAAAUUGUAGCUUUGAAGAAAGUUAGAUUUGAUAAUUUGGAAGCAGAGAGUGUUAAGUUCAUGGCUAGAGAGAUUCUUGUGCUGCGACGGCUGAAUCAUCCUAAUGUCAUAAAGCUUGAAGGGUUAGUUGCUUCGAGGGUUUCGUGUAGUCUCUACCUUGUUUUUGAGUAUAUGGAGCAUGAUCUCACUGGCCUCGCUGCAGCUCAACGUGUCAAGUUUGAUCUUUCUCAGGUGAAAUGUUUUAUGAAGCAGCUACUAUCGGGGCUAGAGCAUUGCCAUAGCCGAGGAGUGUUACAUCGGGAUAUCAAAGGUUCUAAUUUGCUGAUAGAUAACGAUGGAAUACUGAAGAUUGCUGAUUUCGGGUUGGCUACGUUUUUCGAUCCAAAGCAAAAGCAAACGAUGACUAGUCGUGUUGUCACGCUCUGGUACCGCCCUCCCGAGCUUCUUCUUGGGGCUACCAACUAUGGAACUGGCGUUGAUCUUUGGAGUGCCGGUUGUAUCAUGGCAGAGUUACUUGCGGGCAAGCCCGUUAUGCCAGGAAGAACAGAGGUGGAACAACUUCAUAAGAUAUUUAAAUUAUGUGGCUCGCCUUCAGAAUUGUACUGGAAGAAGUACAAAUUGGCAAACGCAACCCUUUUUAAGCCCCAACAUCCAUACAAACGUUGUGUGGCUGAAGCAUUCAACGGCUUCGAUCCAUCCACUGUGCAUCUAGUCGAGACACUUCUUGCCAUAGAUCCUGGUGAUCGAGGAACUUCUACCUCGGCCUUGAGUAGUGAAUUCUUUACGAGUGAACCUUUAGCGUGUGAUCCAUCAAGUCUACCAAAAUAUCCACCUUCCAAAGAGCUGAAUAUAAAGCUAAGGGACGAAGAGGCAAGAAGGCAAAAGGGUCUUGCUGGAAAAGCUAGGGGUGUUGAAGGAGCAAGAAGAAUAAGGUAUCGUGGUGAUCGAACUGGGAGAGCCAUUCCAGCUCCAGAAGCUAAUGCCGAGAUUCAAGCAAACUUAGAUAGGUGCAGAGUGGUACCACAAACACAUGGAAAGAGCAAGAGCGAGAAGUUUCCGCCUCCUCACCAGGACGGUGCUGUUGGGCACCCAGUGGAAGAUCAGUCAACGAAAAGCUCUGUAUUUGGUGCAAAGCCUGAGGCUUCUUUCGGGUCAUCGAGAUCACUGAAGGCUGGGGAAGGGACGUCAAAGAGAAAGGUUUCAAACAAAGAAGGAACUCGGGGGUCUUCUUCUAGAAAGAACAUAUGGGGGCUUAAACCUCCUCCAGCGCUGGGGCUAUCUAUGGACUUACUUUUCAGAAGCAGAUCAGAAGUUUUUGGGAACCGGAGAUAGGAUAGGUAAACGGGAAACAAGUUGAAAGUUACAUUAGUGCAUCAAGAAUAAGAGGUUGUUUCCAUUUCAAUUCAAAGGAGAGAGAUUAGUUGAAGAAAAUCAUAUUCUUUGUAGCAGAAUAGUAUGAGCGAGAUAUUGCACAAAUGGAAAUGUGGUUUGACUCUCAUGUAAAAACACAGUUCAGGUACUUUUUCAGAAUGUACAGAUUGUUGAAAUGGGUUUUGUGGUUUGAGGCAUUAAGAUGUUCAAAAUGUUUGACUUCUGCUUUUGGGUUUAUUCCACCUAUUUUUGAUCGAA